AUGAAGUUCGUUGCUGUCGCCUCUGCUGCCAUCUCAACUAUCCUCUUCGCCACCCCGUUGGCCGAAGCCCAUGUUACUGCCAACCCCUCAGCUGCUGUCUCAGGGUCCUACUUUCAGACUAGUUUUCGUGUCCCUCAUGGUUGUGAUGGUAAUGCUACAAACCUGGUCAUUGUCGAAAUCCCCAAGGGUGUUUCCUCAGUUAAGCCCCGCCCUCUCUAUCCUUGGAAUACUACCAUUUCCAUGGUACCUCUCGAUACCCCCAUCACCACACCUACGGGCACCAUCAAUACCACCGUUGGUUCUAUUACCUGGUCCAAUGGUCUAAUCCAAGAUAACAUGUACGAAGAUUUCGGAUUGCAGUUCAAGUUACCAACUCAGGAAGGCCCUCUCUACUGGAAGGUCUACCAGCAUUGCGUCAAUAACGAAUGGAACAACUGGACCAGCGUCCCUGACGCCAACGGAAAGACUGAUGGUUUCCCUGCAGCCGUUAUUACUCUUUCCAAUUCCACAACUACCACUGGCCCUGGAGGUGCUUCCCCUUCCGCUAGCAGCAAGCCUAGUGCUGCUGUCGCCGCCUUCCAGAGCUUGAACUUCGGCCGCGUCGCUCUUAUCAGCUCUGGUGCCUUCUUGGUCGCUCUUAUUUAA